UCUCCCACGCCACCGAUGCAGUGCGGGGACACCACGGGUGCACGGCACGGUCCCCCAGGCUGCCUCCAUCACCCCUCAGUGUACCACUUCCCACGGGCGUGUGGUGCUGCAGUGGGGCAGGAUGGAACCACCCCCACACCGGCACCCCUGGCUUCCUGCAUACCGGGGCCGGACGUGCGGCGUGCAGAGGCACGGGGCCACAUCCCGGCACCGAGCAGCACCCGACGCAAUGGGCAGGAGGUGAGGAUGGAGGUGCUGUGCCUGCUGCUGGCUGCUCUCUGCGCUGCUGCUGUGCCCAGACCAGCUCCAGUGGAGCCAACGGGAGUUCCCACCGCCGUGCCGAGCAACGCCUCGGCAGAGCCAGGUCCCUGGGACACAGCCGUGCUGCGCCUGGCUGGCGGCAGCCACCCCUGCGAGGGCGCAGUGCAGGUGCAGCACCGCGGCCUCUGGAUGCCCGUGUGCCGGGACUCCUGGAGCGCCGCCGCCUCUCGGGAGCUGUGCCGCCGCCUGCGCUGCGGGGAUGCCGAGGGCGACGCGGUGGCGGUGAGCCCGGACGGUGACGGAGAUGCCGCCGAGGGAUGCCCGACUGCGCCGGCCAACUGCAGCGGGUGGGAGCCACGGCUCUGCCAGCUGCAGAUGGCCACCGAGCCCGGCUGUUGCGCAGCGGGGCAGGCCAGCGUCACCUGCACAGGCGCCCCGGUGCUGCGUCUGGCCGGCGGGCGCAGCCGCUGCGAGGGCCGGGUGGAGCUGCGGCAGGCGGGCAGCUGGGGCACGGUGUGCGACGACGGCUGGGACCUGGCCGACGCCGCCGUGGUGUGCCGCCAGCUGGGCUGCGGCUGGGCGCUGCGUGCGCCGCGAGAGGCCGCCUUCGGCCGCGGGCGCGGCCCGGUGCUGCGGGACGAGGUGAAGUGCGGCGGGCACGAGGAGCGGCUGGCGGAAUGCCCCGCCGCCCUGCAGCACGACUGCAGCCACAAAGAGGACGCCGGCGUGGUGUGCUCCGAGCACCACGAGUGGCGGCUGUCCGGAGGUAAGGACGGCUGCGCGGGGCGCGUGGAGGUGCGUUACCGCGGGACGUGGAGCACGGUGUGCGACAGCACCUGGUACGAGCUGGAGGCCGCGGUUCUGUGCCGCACGCUGGGCUGCGGGGAGCCGCUGCAGCGACCCUCCUUCCGCCACACGCUGCCCACCAAGAUGCUGUACGAGUGCGUGGACUUGCAGCCCUCGCUGGCGUACUGCCGCUGGACCUACAACAAGUCAGCUCCCUGCCACGAGUCCCGCGCCGCCGGCGUCGUCUGCAACGGCUCCCUGGGCUUGCAGACCCCGACGUCGGAGGUGAUGGUGAUGCCGAGCAGUGGCACACCCCCGAGCGCCACAAAGGGCGUGGAGGCGGAGGGGGGGCCGUCCCCUCUGCACGUGCCCCUCUUCGUCUCCUGUGUGGUGCUGGCAGCGCUGCUCCUGCUCACGCUGGUGGCCUUCACCACUGCCCUGCUGCACCUGAGGAAGAGGAGCGCCCUCGCCCUGGGGGCCCCCGUGCCGCUCCUGGUGACCCACAGCAUCCAGCGUGACAACGUGCCCUUGGAGGCUUGCAACGACUACAGGGAGGCGCCCGCAAACCUCCCCAAGGGACCAGACCCCACGCCUGCAACCGUUCCCACCACCAAGGGCUCCGACUCCUCUGACUCUGACUACGAACACUAUGAUUUCAGCAGCAAGCCACCAGUGGCCCUCUCCACUUUCCACAACUCCCAGCGCCGACAGCCGGGUGAGCAGCUGCUGCUGCCCAGCCAGGAUGGGAUGGAGCCAUUUCCCACAGAGGUGCCGGCCACGCAGCGUGCCCAGCCGUGGGGCAGGGCGAGGAACUCAUCCUCUUCCUCCUCUUCCUCCUCCCUGGAGCCCUACUGUGGUGAGAGCGCAGCCUCCACGUGUGCCUGGCCCGGCCCGCAACCCCCACCGUGCAGCACCUACCAGCACACAGCACCCACCACACCCCCAGCCGUGCCCUGCAUGCCCACCCCAGUGCUCAACACGCCGUGGGUACCACCACCCCCGGCAGACCCCGACCACGCUGACAGCUCCAGCACCUCCUCAGGGGAGUGGUACGAGAACGUGCAGGGUACGGAGGCGUGUGGGGACCCACCCUUGGGGGAACACACGCGGGACCCCAGCUUCUCUGAGGGGAGUGACUACGAUGACAUCCAGGGCUCCGACUGCUGAGAGUGGGAACAGGCAGCGGGGAGGGGACUCUUAUCCGUACCACAGCCCCGGGCCAUUAAAAGCUUUUAGCCCCAUC